UAUGACCAAGGGAGGCUUUUCUCACGCGCCUAAAUUCCAAUCUCUCGCAGAGGGGGAGGGAAGAAAUCGAUUGGCUUCUUGUUCAGGAGAAGCGCAUGCGCAUGUAGUCCACUUGCCCUUUAUUCCUCAGGUCCGGGCUCGCGUUCUGGUAAUCUCUCUAGUUCCUCAAGGGAGGGUUGCUUUUACAUCCGGGGCACUCAGGGUGGAACGAGGCAUUUCGAGGUUUUCGCGGGCUCGAGUAAUAAGUGUGGUCCUCUUCGGCACCUGUCCUCGGCUCUUACUCGGGCCUCUCAGACCAAAGGAGGCUCCAGCGGGCCGGCGCCUGUUUCCCCUGAGUCACCGCGUCAGGCGUCAAAGCCUCCGCGUUCACAGGAUUCUUUCUGUACUGCUGAGUCUCUGUCUGCAGAGAAAAAGCAGUGGAUUCUUCUCCAGCAAUGUUGGAGAUCGAGGAGAAUCUGCAAGCAGCUUUCAAAAAGCUAAGAGUUGAUGCAGAAGGAUCCACUGCUACUCUGCCUUUGAAUGAGUCAGCAUCUCUAAGACCACUUGUAAGAACUACAGAUGAAACAAAACCAAAGAACAUGGGUGCAUCUAAAGAGAGCUGGCACUGUUGUUUGAGGAAGCCCUUGAGAGGAACUGCAAGAACACGACGGCGGCGGUCAAAAUCCCCAAUACUUCAUCCUCCAAAGUUCAUUCACUGCAAUACCCAGACAUCUUCCUGCAGCCAACCAGCAUCCAAGAAUUCCACCAAGCCCUCUGAAAGUAGCUCUGGCACAGAUAUGCCAGCUUCAAAAGAAUUCUCAAAGAUUGAACAAUCCGGUCAUCUUCUCAAUGAAGUUGAUCCCAGGCCAGAUGGUGUUGAGGAAUCUGGGGCACCUACUGUAGAAACGCUGAAGAACAAACCUGAAGGUGGCGCUGUCUCUCUUCCCACUACUAUUCUAAAAGUCACAGAUCUUGCUGAUUUCCAGUCUCUCUCAGAUCAAAGUAAAGGCAAUCUCUGUGCAUGCACGGACAAGACCUGCCAGUGUCAGCAAUGGCAGGACAUGAAAGUCUACAUGUUUUCUGACCUACAAAGCUCUCUUCCCUCAGCACCUGAAAGAACAACACAUGUGCAGGAUAACUUGCAGGCUCUACCCUCAAGAACUCCCUCCAGCUCUCUUCGGUCCUGUUCUGAGCAAGCCAGGGCUAAUGUGGAUGAUGUGACUAUUGAAGAUCUUUCGGGGUACAUGGAGUAUUUCCUACAUAUCCCUAAGAAAAUGUCCCACAUGGCAGAAAUGAUGUACACCUGACAACUGUGAACUAUAAUGCAGAAAGGGCUUUGGUAUCUGCCCUUGGUCGUGUUCCAUCUGAGAAGCAUUUGCUUUCUGUGCUCAUAAUAAAGACACCACCUCAUCGCAUUCAGCCUUUUGGUUUUCCAUGCUCGUUAAUGUAAUAGCCACAAAUCCAAACCAGAUGACUGCAAAAAGGCAAGAAGCAAGAUCAGGAUAUGCAUAUAAGAGUAUAUGCUUAGUGAACAAAAAGCUUGGAUAAAUGACUAAAAUGUCCAGAUUUGUGCAACUGACCCAGCAGUCUAGGGAGAAACAAAAGCCCUCUUUGAACUGAAGGGCAUAUCUUGCUUUUGCUAACUUUCCACGGAUUGUUCACAGCUUCUGUACAAGUCUCCGUUGGCUGUUAAAUUAUGGAAAUACAUUACAGCUGAUAAAAUCCAAUUUCUUCUGUGCUGA